AUGGGCUUCCUGACAAGGUCCCCUUGUUGCGUCAUUCUGUUUACUCGAAACUUCUCUCGGCGUAGCCAUUGCUGUCCGGCGGGUCAGUUGUGGCCUCUUCCGCCCCAUGCCAGCCUUCAAUGGGGCGCUGUGGACGAUUGGCCAGACGCGUUAAGCUUAAAUGUUGGGGUUCAUAGCUUUUAUGAUGGGGUAGUUAUGUUGUGUGUCCCGGUUGGGCCGGGUCAGGGGGGUUCGAGGGAGGGGAGGCGGAGGCGGAGGAGCAGAAAGAUUAAGUACACUUGGGAGAAUGAAACAAAGACAUGA